GAACAACGUCAACAUGUAAACAAAAAGGCUUGUCCCCCCCGUGAAAGCCUGACUCCUGCUAGCUAGCAGCUAACGUUGGCUACCGAAGGGGGCGUAGUCUCAAUUGCUAAAGAUGGUUACAGGAGCGAACAAAAUGACGCGUUAGCCACAGCGAAGUUUGCUAUAAUUACCUUUAUUUCACUGAAGGAUUAAAGAGUAAUUUCCGUAUUACCUAUAGAUAUGCUGUCGGAAGACACACUAGAGGAGUUUUUUGAAGCGGAGGGAGUAAUGUCACGAAAUGGCUUUUGCUGCCUUUGGCGUUUUGUUAGCUUGCAAGCUAACUAUAGUUUGGUUAACGUUAGCCACAGAACCCACUGGCAGACAGCGCCUGUUUUAUGCUAGCAUUAACAACAGUUCUGUUAAGCCUACAGUGUCAGUUCUGACUACGUAAAGUCGGCGGUGGGCCAAAUAAUGCGGGGCAUCAGCGUCAGAGCGGUGUUGUCUGUGUAGUAUUGAUGCUAAAUGUCAGCGGUUGGCUAACGUUAGCGGUAGCUGACGUCGUUGGCGUUAAGGCAGCCCGUCUGAUGUUACAUAACGUUAGACAGCGGUGCUGUUUGCUGUCAGAUCUCAUUCAGCAACAACUUAGCAAACAUAUAUAAACACAAAGCCUAUCCUCUAAGCAGCAGCUAACCUCGGAUAACCCGAAAGCUUCAUAUUUUUGCUAACUUCUGCUGUUUACCACCCACUCCGCUGACCGGUCCGGCUUACACGAAUUUUUUGUUUUCAUAACUUUUCUUUCAUUUAUACCGGAGUAGAGUGGCCGUGACAGCUAAAAAAAAAGGCAAAGAUUUUUCUAUGUGACGUUGGUACAUGAUGAAGCUGAGAGUGCGUAAAGCUCCUCAGCAGCCGAGCGUAGGCCAUCAAACCCACCCGUCCCAGGCCAAAAGGAAACACUGUGAAGUGGAGCCAUCGCCGGUGAGAGGUCGAGGCAAAAUGCAGAAGAAUGAGACAGGCCUGUUCUCCACUAUCAAGAAAUUCAUUCGUGGAAAUGCAGUCAAGGUGGAGCAGGAUAUUCCUGCCAAGCGGAGUCGUAUUGAUUGUAAUCCCGACGGUGAUCUCAUUACUUCAACACCACAGACUAGAGGCCUCUCUAAUAAAUCCGUAUCCAGAGUUUGCCGGAAAAGUCCAAAUAAAGACACCAUGACCUGCCAUAGUAAACCAAUUAAACCAAAUGGUAAACUGGAGGCCCCCGUCGACUCAACGAGCAGCCCACCACGCACCACCCUCCUUGGAACCAUCUUCUCCCCAGUCUUCAACUUUUUCUCACCAGCAACUAAAACUGCCACUCCUGGCUCUGAUUCUCCCGGCCAAGCCAUGGAGGCAGAGGAAAUCAUGAAACAGCUGGACAUCGAGCAGGCUGAAGAGAUGCCGAGCAGCACUCUCACAUCCACCCUCACAUCCACCGAGGGCAUCGCUCCGUGUCACACUGCUCCGAUUUUACCACAGAGGCUCCACAUUACCUCCGAUACAACCAUAGAAGAAGGAGAGAUCGUCACUGAAACUGACAUGCCCCCGUUAACAGCUCCUGGGUGUAUGCCAGAUGGCAGCUAUCCACACUCAUUACCUGCAGUUCCAGCAGAACCCUCAUACGAUGAGGACUGGGAAGUUUUCGACCCGUACUUCUUCAUUAAGCACGUGCCUCCGCUGACAGAAGAGCAGUUAACACGCAAACCGGCGCUGCCUUUAAAAACACGCAGCACACCAGAGUUUUCUCUUGUCCUUGAUCUGGAUGAAACUCUGGUUCAUUGUAGUUUGAAUGAGCUCGAAGAUGCAGCUCUGACAUUCCCCGUGCUUUUUCAAGAUGUAAUAUACCAGGUGUAUGUUCGGUUGAGGCCCUUUUUCAGAGAGUUUCUCGAGCGCAUGUCUCAGUUGUACGAGAUUAUUCUCUUCACUGCUUCAAAGAAGGUCUAUGCUGACAAGUUGCUCAACAUCCUGGAUCCGAAAAAACAGUUAGUAAGACAUAGACUAUUUCGUGAGCACUGUGUGUGCGUUCAAGGAAAUUACAUUAAAGACCUAAACAUUCUCGGGCGGGAUCUUUCCAAAACUGUAAUAAUCGACAACUCACCCCAAGCCUUUGCUUAUCAGCUUUCCAAUGGAAUCCCCAUUGAGAGCUGGUUUGUGGAUAGAAAUGACAACGAGCUUCUAAAGCUUAUUCCUUUCCUCGAGAAACUUGUGGAGCUGAAUGAAGACGUCAGACCGCACAUCCGAGAGCGGUUUCGUUUGCACGACCUCCUCCCUCCAGACUGAGGUGCUAAUGUUCAUUUACAAGAUCGCAGUGGAAGAA